ACAAUAGGACGAGUGCGUUUCAGUGUUGGCCUGUUGUUUUGCGGUGAAUGAUCGCCGCAAAUGUUCCACGCACCGAUGUGCUGCUCGAAUACGAGUUUUCAAACAUGAGUAAGCUCGUUUUUCUGCUUUGUGCGCUAGCCGUCGCUGGAUUCGCGCAGGCCAAGAGUAUUCAAGACGCCUCGCAAGCUCGUCAACUGGUGCUUCUGAGCGGAGAGUCGGGCAAACUUUGGCGGGUGAGCCUCGACGCCGGCUUCGAAUCCGUCCUGGAAGAGACGCGGUUGCCCAUCAACGCCAAUAGCAGUGACGCAAUAGUCGACUUCGACCUGGACCCGAAGGGUGAUCGACUGCUCGCCAUCGAUGAACACAGUCGCAUCAACUCCAGCCGUCUUCACGAUGCGAACCCCAACGACAAGCCCAAGAAUUUCAGCAGCAGCGGCAGUUUCCAGUACCACCCCACAGGUCGGGACGCUCGCAUAGCGUACGAUUGGCUGGCGGGCAACGUCUACGCGAUCGACAGUCAGUCCCAGGUGGUCGACGUGAUCGGACUGAGGCAUCAACCGCACCGUCACAUGAUCGAGACGGUCCUCUUUGAGCGCAAGGAUCCGGUCAUGGAGGAGAGGAUCGUCAGGGAAAAGCCCAGGAGACUCGCUCUGGACCCCAGCGCUGGGGUCAUGUUCGUGCUCACGGAUAUCAGAGGAUCUAUCAAGAACAUUUACCGAUCCAACAUGGACGGCACCGGAAAGCGGCUGCUUGUCUCCGACGUGGGAGCUAAGGACGAGCUGAUGGACAUCGAUCGGCAGAACAAGAGAAUAUACUGGGUGGACAACAAGGCGGGCUGGAUCAGGAGCGUCGACUACGAGGGAGUCGAUCUGGUGUCGGUGCUGAAAAUCGAAAAUCGACCACUGGCUCUCGCCGCACACGACGGCCGGCUCUUCUGGUCGACGAACUCGGACGGCGCGAACGGCAUAACCAGCAUCAACCUCUGCCUGCCGAAGCCCGAGGGCGGCUGUCCGAAGCAUCGAGACCUCCAACUCCGAAACCACUACGAGCUGCCGCACUUCAUCAAGCUGGUCGAGUCGACCGAUCGAUCGCUCCAGCCCGAGAUCGACGAGAGCAACCCCUGCGGUCUGGAGAACGGCGGCUGCCAGCAUCUCUGUCUGCUCUCGUCGGCCAGGGAACGCAGCUGCGCCUGUGCCGUCGACUGGAAAGCCGACGGCGACGAUCCUCUCAAGUGCCAACCGAUCGCCGAGAACGACCGGCCGAAAAGACAGAUGGACAUGUACCAUCAGCAGCCGACUCUCAGACCCGAUCCCCAGCUGCCCCAGCAGCCGGCCCACAUACCGAUUUACAUAUUCUAUCCCGGCAAGUGAGAUCGGCCGGGUUCAAUUAUUAUGUGUGCGUGGCAGAUAAUUUUCCUCCUUACCUCAUAUCGGCGAUGUUUAUUACGAUUGUUUGCGUGCCUUUUUUACCGAUAGUAGCUGUAGAUUUUUGUACGCCAGUAGUAGUCUAUUUGUAGUCCACGACAAUAAAUGGUAUGAUCGCAUCAAUCGGU